UUGGCUCUGCUCACCGCCCCGCUGGGGGCGCGGCGUAAGCACGGGGGCGGGACGUGGAGGAGGGGCAUCGCGUUACGCAACAACUUCCGUUUACGCUACUUCCGCGAGAGUUCCGCUGGGUUCCUGAGAUUAACCUCCGGUGCCGCGGGUCCGGGAAGCCAUGUUGAAACCUGGAAACGGAAUGGAUAAAGAAGAUGUGGUACAUAUAUACAAUUGAAUAUUAUUCAGCCAUAAAAAAGAAUGACAUAAGGCCAUUUGCAGCGACAUGGAUGGACCUCGAGAUGGUCAUACUGAGUGAAUUUAGCAAUGGAGUCUUUCUCUGCUGAGACCAAUUCAACUGACCUACCAUCACAGCCCUGGGAUGAACCCCAAGUAAUUCUCUCCAUGGUCAUUCUCAGUUUCACUUUCCUACUGGGAUUGCCAGGCAACGGGCUGGUGCUGUGGGUGGCUGGCCUAAAGAUGCAACGAAGUGUGAGCACAGUUUGGUUUCUCCAUCUCACCUUGGCUGACUUUCUCUGCUGCCUCUCCCUGCCCUUCUCCCUGGUUCACUUGGCUCUCCAAGGACACUGGCCCUACGGCUGGUUCCUAUGCAAGCUCAUCCCCUCCAUCAUUGUCCUCAACAUGUUUGCCAGCGUCUUCCUGCUGACCGCCAUUAGCCUGGACCGCUGUCUUUUGGUACUCAAGCCAAUCUGGUGCCAGAAUCAUCGCAAAGUGGGGACAGCCUUCACUAUCUGUGGAUGUAUCUGGGUAGUGGCUUUUGUAAUGUGCAUACCUGUGUUCAUAUACCGGGAAACAUUCACUAUAGACAACCAUAGUAUGUGUGGCUACAAUUUUGGUCUCUACAGAUCAUUAGAUUACUCAGACUUCAACUUUGAUCUACUGGAAAACGGGUCUCUUGACAACUCCAUUGUUGAGCUGCCUGAAGAAAUGGAUGAUAGGUUAGAUUCUUUCUCUCAACAAACAAAUGAUUGUCCCUGGGCAGCCACCGCUGGCCUCCGUUCUCAAAUAUUUCAAAGAACUUCUGGACAUUCACUCCCUACGGAUUCAGCUAGAUUAUCUGUUCAAUAUCCAUAUUAUAAUGUGUUUAAACCAGCUGAUGAGUUCUCAGCUACAAUCCCCAGUGAUUUUCCCAUUGAAGAUCACAGAACUAACCCACUGGAGAACUCUGAUGCUUUUCUUCCUGCUGAUUUAGACCUUUUCUCUAGUGCCUCCGGCAGCUCCUCAUACCCAUCGGAGCCAUUGGAAGAUUUCCAGUAUGAUGAUUUAGGCCAAUUUGCAUAUGGCCAUCAAGUGCCAACACCCCAGGUAGCAAUAACCAUCACUAGGCUAGUGCUGGGUUUCCUGUUACCCUUUAUCCUCAUGGUGGCCUGUUACAGCCUCAUUAUCUUCAGAAUGCGUCGGAGCCGCUUCACCAAGCCUCGGAGCAAAACCUUGAGAGUGGCUAUGGUGGUGGUGGCUGUCUUCCUUGUCUGCUGGGCUCCGUACCACAUUGUUGGAGCCCUUUUACUGUUUAUUGACCCAGAAACUCCCUUUGGGGAAGCUCUGUUGUCCUGGGACCAUGUGUCUCUUGCUUUAGCAUCUGCCAAUAGUUGCUUCAAUCCCUUUCUCUAUGCCCUUCUGGGGAAAGAUUUUAGGAAAAAAGCAAGACAGUCCAUGCAGGGAAUUCUGGAGGCAGCUUUCAGUGAGGACUUGACACACUCUACCAGCUGCCCCCCAAACAAAGUCUCUUUGGAAAAAAACAGUAUCAGUACAGUUGUGUGAAAAUAUGGAGCAGUUGACCCAAGCAGAGGUUCUUAGGCAUUCACCCAGCGCAUCAUAUUUCUAAAAAGACGACAGAGAUGGGGAGCAGGGGAUUUCAGAAGCUGUCAGAGAAUCAAUCCAGAGGGUCUUAAAGUGUGGUCCCAGACUAGUGGCAUCGGUAUCACCUGGAAAGUUGAUAGAAAUACAAAUUCUCCAGCCCCACCAGAGACUUGCUGAACCAGUCUCUGGGGGUGGGGCUCAGACAGUGUUUUCACAAGCUCCCUUGUUUCGGAUGAAUGCUAAAUUUGGGAAGCAUUGUAAAAAUUAGUCUAUUUAUAUCUCAAACAAAGCCAUGUGAAAUAAAUGCGAAGGCAGUCUCCUUUAAAAUGUUUCCAUCAUUAAAUUUCUAAUUUUCUUCCAGAUUCAAGUUAAAACCAUUUCUUCUAGUCCUACCUGAGUGAAAGGUGAUCAUUUAUUCUAUGGCUUUGGUGUGGUGAUGGUGGUGGUGAUAGUUUUAAAUGAAAAAAAAAAAAAGGUGCAUAAAGAAAGUCUAUGAAAACAAGGAGUUAUGAGUCUGAGUCUGGGGCAGAGUACAGUGCCAGAUGCCUGCAACUUGGAAUACUCCUGGAUACAGGACGUAGGAAUUCUGAGUUUCCAUUAUUACAACUAAAUAAGCAUCUAUUGUGUAAAGACAGACUACUUAGGCAUCUAAAGACUUUCUCAUGAAACAGUAUGUAAGCCGCAGUUCGGGGCGUUCUCUCUUCCCUGUUUUCUCUAUCUGCCUAUUGAUAGAAUCAUCUAUCUUUCUUUCCUUUUC